AAGGAGCCGAAGACCUUUUUGAAGACGCCAAAUCCAAAGGCCAAGAAAUUUUAGGCGAAGAUUUCAACGACACGGAAAAACGCCGAAUAGAUAAAGAAAGUCAUACCCCCGAGGGUAUUCAAACUAUCUUAAAAGAUAUUCCUGUCCAAAGGAGAAAAUUAGCCUGGGAUAAAUUUUUCCGCGAAAGAGAAGGCGAUAGUAGAAUCAAUAAAGACCCUAAUGGCUUAAUCAACAAGGAUAAAAUAAUUGAAGUUUACACGACAGAAACCAUAGUUAAAGGACAAAAAUACCCUAAAACUACCAAAAAUAUCAAUCCUUUAAAACACCUAGCGGAAGAAGUAGAUCAGGCCCAUGAUUUUAUCGUUAAAGAAAUUGACCUACAGACUGACUUAGACAAAUUUCCUACUAAUGAAAUAAUUGAAGACCAGCGAAUUGCUUACGAUAAUGGGUGGGCCACUCCUUCUGAAAUUAAAGAAGGUAAAACUAAUUACCAAAACAUCAAAAAUAUCGAAGUUUUAAAAAUUAAAAAACAAGACAUCGACCAAGAAAUCCAAAAAGUAGAUAAUCUAGUUAAACAAAUAAACUCUUACAAAUAUUUACGAGAUUUAGACGCCAAUCAGGCUCAAAUAGAUAAACAAUUCUCUGAAUUAAAAACUGACCUGCUACCUCCCAAUAAAUCCCAGCAAAUAAAAGAGGCGGAAAAAGCCCAGAGGAAUAACCUCUUUUACUAUUUAACCGACCCAAAAGACGGAGGACUAGAAGAAACCACUUUAAAAAAACUCUCCUCCAAUUUACAAAAUACUUGA